UCAUCUCAUCGAUUCAAUUUGGAUGCAAGCAUGCAAAACGAAUGCGUAACAAUUGCACUUAUGCUGAGAUGUAGAUAAAUAUCUAUUAUGUAUGCGUCUCGAUACAUAAACAAUAGCAAAUUGAGAAACAAUUUUUACACCUAUUGAAACAUUUAAAAUUAAUGAAAUCAAAUGGCAAACAGUCGUUGAACAGCGAAAAGAAAGACAUUAACAGCAUUAAGUAAAACGCAUUCUUAAACGGCAAAGCGAUUACAUAAACUCUCCGAUAAUCGGCAUAUAUUUGCAAUAGAGUGUAACCUGAAAUUGUUAAAAUCAAAAAAAAAAAAAAAAUAUUGAAAUAGAAAAAAUCCUUUUAAAUCAUUAAAUAUAAAAAAUAUGGAUCAUCGCAGGAAAUUAAUGCAAUUCAGAAAAAAUAUUCAAACUGAAUUACAAAUGCUGAACAUUAAUGAACCUUUAAUUAGCUUGGAAGAGCGUAGGUCGCCUAUCAGAAAAUCAUCGGAAUUGGAUCAUUUUAAACGAGUCGAUUAUAGUAUGAAAUCUACAAUAUCCGUUGAUAAUUCGUUUUCGACAAGGCAUUUUUCACCACCUCCAUCAAGUAUGUUGCAAACAUAUGAACUGAAGAGAAGCAGUGCUUCACAGAAUCCCGUUGGGAAAUAUACAAAUUGGAAUAGUUCACACUAUCACUUGACAAGCCAAGCCUGGUGUUGUGUGGGCGAUCUAUUGUCAUUUUGCAAUAAAUACGAAUUUAAAGCUGUUAGUGCUACAGACUCAAGAUCUCAUGUUAAUAUAGUGAGCGAAGUGCGUUCAUUGCUCAGCGCUGAAGCUCCAUUUGCCAUGACGAAACGAUUCCCGGGUAACACUCGUAAUCGAGACAAUUUAUGGGUGUGCAUUGGUCGCUGUCCAACCGUGGAAUAUCAGUUGAGAAGAAUUCAGGGCAUAUUUCGUCGACCACUUAUUCAGCUUAAUGCAGAUAAGCAGCGAAUGGCUAGAGAGAAUUUCCAUUUGGCCAUUAAAGAAUUGCGUCGCGAUCUCACUUCAAGUGUAUCGGAUGUUCGCCCUUACGAUCGCUUUACAUUUGAAAAAGAAUUUCACCUCUACUGGCAGGAUAAUGAAUGAAUGAUGUAUUAAUUCAGUGAUAUAAACUAACGUAAAACGCUUAUACAUUUGUGUAUAAAUACAUCUUGAAGUGAAAUUCAUUAAUUUUAACAAUUAAAUUUUUAUUCAAAUAAAA